AGCAUGUGGAGAACAGUUCCUGGAAAUGAAGCUUGCAUUACGCAUGUUACAGUCAACUCUUUCUACUGCUACUGGAGUCUUGAAUAUCUUAAAGAAACUAUAUUUAACCUUGUAAAAAACUGCUAACAUUGCGGUGGAACUGUGGAUUUUUAUUGCCUUCCUUGAUUUUGAAAUUUGAGUUUUUUGAUUUCGUGGUCAUGUCCAUGUUGAUUCUCCUUUUGAUGGUGUUCUCUGGAACUCUGCCAUCAGGUGGCUUGACAGAGGAUGAUUGUCCUUUGGAGUUGUUGGAACUGAAAGAGAGCAUUCAGAAACUUAAUUAUGAGCUGAUACUCGGGGACUGGAAACUGCAGCACCUGCAUAUACACCGCCACAUCAGACCUACAGCACAAUCAAAUGAGGACAUUACGAGCCUACCAACUCUGCCAAGCACUGGGGGAAACCUGCUGGUUCAUGAUAGAGACUGCUCAGAGUUGUUUGACAGGCGGAGACCCGAGAGUGGGUUCUACCGGAUCAGACCGGAUAGAACUCUUGAACCUUUUCUUGUGUACUGCGAUAUGGAAGAUGGAGGAGGCUGGACUGUGGUACAGAAACGUCGCAAUGGUAAAGUGGAUUUCAAUAGAGACUGGGAGGAAUAUAAGAAUGGGUUUGGUCAUCUCACAUCAAGCAAAGAUGAGUUCUGGUUGGGCAAUGAUCAUAUUCACUCCUUACUUUCCAGUGGUGAAAAGGUAAUGAAGAUUGAUCUGAUGGACUGGAAUGGAGAAAAAUCAUAUGCGAUAUACGAUAACUUCAGAAUGGCAGAUGAAAAGGAUAAGUACAGGCUAUACUUUGGCAUGUACAGUGGCCGGGCUGGAAAUGCCUUGUCUGGUGGGAGUAAUAUGGUGGAACAGUGGUCUGCUUCCCACAGUGGCAUGCUGUUUAGCACCAGAGACCAGGAUAAUGAUCGCUACCUGCAAGGAAACUGUGCUGUAGAGAACAGUGGAGGCUGGUGGUACAACAGGUGCCAUGCUGCCAACUUGAAUGGAAAGUUUUAUCGUAGAGGAAACUAUACAGCGAAGUAUGACAAUGGGGUGGUGUGGAGCACCUGGCGAGGAUUCUGGUACUCCCUCAGACACACAAGCAUGAAGGUGCGACCUACAAUAUUUUUGGACAGCCUGGGAAGUGGAGCAGGACCUGACAGCUAAAACGUUACACUUUAUGCUUAUGCUUUAUGGCAUGAGAAGUGAAUUUAUGCCACACCAUUAUGAAAUCCAAACAUGCAGAAAAAGUGCCGACUGCAGUAAAAUAUUCUGAUUAUAACCUACAGUUAACAUGCAUGUGGAUCACAGAUAUACUACAGAUAGAUUAGGGACAAAAUUAGCUCAUGUUUUAAGUCGUUCAAAUUCUGUAAAGCUGCUUUGCGACAAUUUUUAUUGUUAAAAGCGCUAUACAAAUAAACUUGACUUGACUUGACUACAGCAUUCCUUUGCUUUCUGGAGUGUAAAAUGAUAUAGUAAACACACAUCAAAUAAUACCUGCAUGAAAUGUCAUUUAUGAUAAAUAUAUCUUUCAAUGUGUAUGACCAUUAUCUGAACAGUACCAGAACAGUCUCUCUCUCUCUCACACACACACACACACACACACACACACACACACCAUUCUAUCAUUAUGGGUACCUGCUAUUGUCAUAAUUAUUAAUACAGCUAAUUAACAAUAUUUUAUACCUGCUUUUUUCA